CUUGAGCAGUAUCGUGUUUUACAAGUGCUUCGAUUUAUUUUGCCAAAUUCUCAGGCUAUUUUUAGACCAGGCGAACAAACCGACCUUCAAGCAACGGGUUACGAGGAUAUCGAUAAAUUGAGUGAUCAGGUCAAUGAAAUUUCCCGGGAUAUCAAGGAGGUAGAACCGAAGGAAGAAAGAGUUAAGAUCGAGGGUGAGGAUGACUCAGAGGCAACGGAUGCAGAAAUGCUGUCUAGUUGUAGCCGGCCAGAAGAUGAGGAAUUUCCCAGCACUCCAUCCACUUUAGGCAUGACAGAUGAAGAUGUCGGUCUCUCAUUAUUAGCUGAGCUUGCUGCGGAUUCCAUAAACCGCGAAAACGAAGCUCUCCAAACUAUUGAAGUCGAUAACACGAUCGACUAUCCCUCGACUUUUCCUUCACCCAUGCCCCACCCCUCUACCUCUUCUCUUGAGUCAUGCUGCCUACCUCCAAAUAGUGCGCUUGUUUGCAAAAUAGCUUCUACUUCUGAAUCUAAUUUGCCUAGAGAGUUAAUCAACUCACUUGGUGCAGAUGAUGAGUUGCCAUCAUUCCCGUCAACUGAAGAAGCAACGAAUAUCGACGAUCAUGAAACAACUUCAGCAUCAGUUUUGCCCUCAACAACUAAAUUCCUCGCAUCCCCGGAUUCUUCCUUAGUUCUUUCCAAUAUGACACAGGCAUCCAUGACUGACAUACCUCUUGAAAAGAUUUCAUCUUCAUUUAAGGACCCCAAAAAUAUGGCAACUCAAGUUGGAAGUAAGCAGACUAGAACUGGACUCAAAUGCUCAUCACAUGACAGUGUUGUAACUGAUGAGCAUAUCGCUUCUGAAGACUUUCUCUCCAUUGCAACCAAAUCUGGCCUUUCAUCCAACCCCAGUUCAUCAUUAUUGCACAUUGAUGUGGAUGUGGAAACUUCAGUAUCACCUAACUUAGAUCUGAACAAGGCGACAGCUGAUAUAAAAAGCAUCUGGUUUGUCCUUGUUAAACUGGCCAUAACUAAUCUUGUGCCUUUACAAUUAUGA